AUGAGUAGUUUUAAUACGAAAUUGAAUUUCUUAUAGUCAGAAAUUAAGUUACUAUCAGAUGAAAAUACAGAACUUAGACAACUUCUUUAAUUAAAUAAAUAAAUUCUAAAAAUUCAAGGUGAAUUUGGAAGCACAAAUAUUGUAAUUUAAUAAUUGAAUUCAGUCACUACCUAGUGUUCCUUAGUUAUCUAUAGAUGUAUGCAAGACCGAAGGUAACUUUUAAAAUGAUAAAUAAUUUAUAAUUUCUAAUUUGAUUGAUGAAAAUUCUAAAUUAUUGUCUAUUAAUUAAGAAUUAAGAGAAUAGAGAGAUCAUUUAAGAGCUUAAGUAAAUCAUUAUUUUAUUUAGAAUUUACUCUUAUAAUAAAUUGAAAUAGAAAAUUCUUAAAGAAUUCUUGAUAUAUAGACUGAAAAACAUUAGAAAUUCAUAGAUUUAUAAAAUUAAAUUCUAGGAAAAGAUAAGUAAAUCUAAGAAUUGAGUGAUUAAUUAUAAAACAUUCUUUCUAGAAAACGUCUUAAAACCAAAAUCGUAAUUAUUUAGACAAUAAAAUAAGCAUAUACCUUUAUAAAGUGAGUAUUUAUUAUUUCAGAAUCAGCUUGAAUCAAUGAGUAAAGUUCUCAGUCAAUAUUAUCAAGAAAAUAAAUUAUUUAAGUAAGAAAAUAAGAAAAUUUCAUUAUUAUUGGAUUUAUUAACAACAGAUAAGAACACAGAAAAUAAAUUGAAUUCAGAAUAAAGUCCUGGUAUAAAUGAUUCUAGUUAUUUGGAUUCAUUUCCUUUAAAAGUAAAGUAAACAUUAAAUCUUAAUUAAUAAAUCACAGUUCCAAAACUUAAUAUUAACAAAGCUUAAAAGAUUUAAUAGUUAAAUGUAGAGAAACAAUAAGAAUCUGAAGAAUAAUAGCUUCCUUUAGAACAAUUUUUAACAGUAGAUAAAAAGAUUUAUCCUCAAAUAAAGGCUUAAACUCCUAGUUAAGUUAGAGAAGGACAAUUUAUUAGUCCUAAUAAAUUAUUAAUUUAAUUGACUUCUUUGGCAGAUCAAAAUAAAACAUUAUCUAAAUAACUAAACUAAUAUAAAUAAAAACUACAAGAUGAAUUAUUAUUAACAAAAUCACUAGAAAAUAAAUUGGAUGAAGUAUAUCGAUAUGUAUUAGAACUAGAAAAAACAAAUGAAAUUUUAAUCAGUUCAUAAUUGAAACUUACAAAUACAGUUUAGAAAUUAAAAGAGUUGAUUUGUAAAGAAAAGAAAGAAGAACUUCGAAGUAAACAUACAUAUAAUUUAUCUCUUUAAAAUGAAAGAGAUUUUGAAAAAAAAUCAAAGUAAAGAAGUAAUUCUGUAUACUGAUUUAUGAUUAUUAAUAAUGUAUAUGAGAAAAAAACCAACUUAAAAAAUAAUUGUAAAUCGUGGUAUUUCUUAAAUAAGAAAUGCUUCAGACUAAGAAGAGACAGAGUAAUUACCAUUGAUAAAACCUAAGUCAGUAACUAGAAGUUCAAAAAAGAAUUUUGAGAUAAAGAAAGUUAGAAUAAAAGUUGCCAUAUCUGAUGAUAAAUUGGAAAUAAACAAUAAAUAAAACAAAUUAAAUCCAAUAAAAUAAGAGGAAUCUCCUUAAUUGAGUGAUAGAAAUUAAUCUCCUUCAUCUAGUUUUAAAAAAACAAAAGAAGAUAAUAAUAGAUCGAUAUUAAGUAUAUUUAAAGUAAUUGAAAUAUAGAAAAAUCAAUACAUUAAGAUUAUGAAAUUGAUGAUACUUUAGAAGAUAACUUAGAGAGUUUUGUAAAAUUGUAUCAUUCUAUUGUUUGUUUAAUGGAUGCUAUAAGAAAAGUAAUUAACAAUAAUUUUAUUUUUAUUAGAACGUAAGUGAUUUAGUCGAUUAGAUUAAUAGAUUUUUAGAAAUUCUUGAUGGAAUACAUUUUUGUCAGAUUGAAAAAUUAUUGAUUGAAAAUACUAAGCAGUUUAGAUAGAUAUUAGUAUUAAUUAAAAUAGGGGUAUUAAGUAACUAAUUAUUAGAUUGUUGUUAUAAUUAAUAGUUUUUUUGAUUAGCAUUUAUACACAAGUAAUAUAGUGAAUUUUAAAAAUAUAUUGAUAUAUAAUUUACAAAACUAUCUAAUAUUGGGAGAUAUGAUAUUAUUGAAGACAUAAAAAUAAGAACUAUAAAAUAUUAUUAACUAAAACAAAAAGUAUUUUGGGAGUAAAAAGGUCGAUUCAAAUACAUAAAUUAGAUAAAAUGUAGAAUUGUUAUCAGGAUUAUAUAAAUCUUUAACAAAAUAGUCUAAAGAUCUUUAUUAAUUUAUAUGUACUUACUUAAAACAAAUACCAUAUCUUCGAAUAUUGGAAUCUAAUUUAGUGUUAUAGAAUUUUAUAUCUCUAUAUUUUACAAUGUAAUAAAGUUAUCAUGGUUUAUUGGGAAUUCCUUUAAUUUGUGUUGCAAAUAAACCAUAUUUACCAACAGAGGGGAGCCAUGAAUUUACUUUAAUUUUAGAUAUGGAUGAAACAUUAAUACAUUUCAUUGAUUAGACAAAAAGUUUUUUAAUAAGACCAUACUUAGAGUAAUUUUUAUAGGAAAUGAGUAAAUAUUAUGAGAUUGCAGUAUUUACAGCAGGUUUACCUGAUUAUGCAAAUUGGAUAUUGGAUUAGGUAGAUAAAAAUAAAUAUAUUUAAUAUCGUUUAUAUAGAUAACAUGCAAUGCAAUAUCAAAAUCAUUUUGUUAAAGAUUUAUCUAGAUUAGGUCGUAAUUUAAAGAAAGUGAUAAUAGUAGAUAAUAUUGCUGAUAAUUUUCAGCAUUAACCAGAAAAUGGCAUCUUUAUAAAAACAUGGUUAAAUGAUUAAGAUGACAAGGAAUUAUUAGAAUUAAGUAUUUUUUUAAAGAAAUUGGUUGAAAAUGGAUGUGAAGAUGUCAGAGAGGUUUUAAAAUAAUAUAAAAGUUAAUAAUUGCCUCAAAUCUGA